GACCGCACGUCCCUGCUGAGUGAUGCAGUUUGGGGGAAAGAUGUCAGAGGUCGGAAGACAGAGGGAGAGGACUUUCGGGAAUGAGUGGAGAUGAGGGUGAGGGGAUGAGUGUGGGCAGGGCUAUGUGUAGGUGUGCACGGUGAGUGGAAGUCACAGGGAGUGUGAACACGGUCAGGAGGAGGGGGUUGUGUCAGGGCGUGAGAUCUCAGGGAGGAGGUUAGGUCGCGGGCUGGAGGCUUCAUCAGGGGAGGGGUAGGGGUUCGGUUAACCCUCCUCCUUCCCUUGACGGCCGCCCAUGGGGAGGAGUUAGUCCCGGGGACCUCCCCCACCCCGGGCCUCCGCUGCACACGCCGGCCGUUCGGCCCCUCUCUCUCACCCUGGCCGCGCUCUCCUUGGCCAAGACCUGCCACCGCCGGCCUCGGGAUACCGGCGGCCCGGGAAGCCUAACCGGUGAGUGUGAGUGUGAGCUCCGGGGACCGCGAGCCGCGGAGGUGCCGCACCGUCUAAACCCCGGGCUCCGUGCCUGGGGACCUGGUUGGAGGGGAAACAAGCGGCCCGUCCGCCAAGGGCACCUGGCGUUUGAAGAAGUGGUUGAGAACGUGCUGAUCGUUUGGCCAGGAUGGUCGAUGCUGUCCUGGUUGACCUCUCAGAUGUUCCCUGCCGCUGCCUCCGUAAGUGGUUCCAUCGAGCGGCAGACAUCAUGAGCAAACAUGGUCUCCCUGCAAGUGCACAGGUGUUCUUGGUGUCCAGCCAGAAAAAUGCAGACCUAGUGAACGCUGACGUCAAGGACUGUUUGUGCCAACUCGAGGAGGAGAUGCCGGUGCCAAAGAAAAAGCUGGAGGUCUUGGUGGAAAGUAGCUUUGCUGCCAUCUUGUACUCUAUCAAGCGGAAGGUUGACCAACAGAACCUCAGUGUCAUUAAAGCCAUCGUGUCCGCAGAGAGGAAAAGCACACUUGAGCUUUAUGUCGAGCAACUUUUUACUGCGGUUUACAAAUUUUCAUUUGAGAUGCUUGUUAUAGACGGUGAAGGGGAAGUAAAUCUGCAGAUCCCAGCACCCUUCACUGGAGCAUGUCCUCUCUCACAUCAGCAAGCAGAUGGCAUCUGGACGGACAUCAGGGGAUUCCUGGCACAGCUGGAAGGCUUCAUGGGGCAGAUAGUGGUUCUGAAGUCCCUGCUGAUAUCAGAUUUAUUUCUUCAUGGCUUCACCACCCGAACUGGCGGCAUAUCGUACUUGCCGGGCCUGAGCUCUUUAAACCUCUACAGCAGCUGGAAGCGUAGGGACCCUGUAGCCGUGGUGAAUGAUAAUAUGCAGCGCUUGGCUCAGGCUGCAGGGUUUAACACACAGACAUUCCACCUCGCCAAGGUGAAGCAUGGGAACAUCAUCUGGACCAUUGGGAAAACUGAGCCCGAGAUAUACGAUGGAAUUGUGACCAACCAGAAGAAUGUCACCAUAGCAGCGCCGGGAGCAGACUGCAUCCCUCUCCUGUUUGCAGAUCCCGUCCAACACGCAUGUGGAGCGGCCCACGCAGGAUGGAAGGGCACCCUGGCGGGGGUUGCCAUGGCGACUGUGGACGCAAUGGCGGCUGCAUUCGGGAGCAGGGCGAAGGAUGUCCUGGUGGUGAUGGGCCCUUCCGUGGGGCCGUGCUGCUUCACGCUUCACCAGGGUGCAGCACGAGAGUUUGCCGCCAUCGACCCCCGGUGUGUGCAGGAGCUGGAUGCCCCCCGGCCCCACGUUGACCUCAGGCAGGCUACCAGGGCCUUGCUGGAACGUGGAGGGAUUCUACCGGAAAACAUAAGCGACAACUCCACAGGGAGCAGAGACAUGGAGGUGACACUUUGUACCGUGUGUCAUCCAGACUUAUUCUUUUCGUACAUUCGGGAUGGAAACGACUUUGGGACGCAAAUUGGAUUUAUCUCUGUCCGAAGUCAUUUGUAAUCCACACAGAAGUCGACUGUAGAAUCAUCGACUAACACAGACGACUGCAUUCAGCCCACGGAUA